UCCAUUUCUUUGCACGGAAAUCCAAAAACCAUUCCCCCCAUUAAUUCCAGACUCAGCCUUUCUCUUUAUCAGCAGCACGGUACUCUCAUUCUCAGUCUCUCUCUCUCUCUCUCGAACCCUUUACAGCACACAAUGGCGGCAACGGCUAAAGACCUAAAACCAAACCCUUUAACCACCGCCGCCUUAUUCCUCCUCUUCCUCCACCACGCCGCCGCCGCAUUAGACCACCCCGAUGCUCCACCCCUCCUACUCUUCAAAUCCGCCGUCGACCCAAACGGCACCCUUCUCGCCUCUUGGAACUCCUCAUCCGACCCAUGCACAGGCUCAUGGGUCGGACUCUCGUGCAUCCACAAUCGGGUCGCCCGUUUAGUUCUCGAGAACAUCAACCUCCACGGCUCCUUCCCCCAUUCCCUCACUUCCUUAACCCAGCUCCGGGUCCUCAGCCUCAAGCAAAACGGAUUUUCGGGUCGGGUCCCCGAUCUAUCCACCCUCACCAGCCUCAAACUCCUCUUCAUUUCUCACAACAAAUUUUCCGGCCAAUUUCCGCCCUCGUUAUUUUCCCUUUCCAACCUCUACCGACUCGAUCUGUCUUACAAUAAUUUCUCCGGCAGUAUACCGUUGGGUAUGAACCGGCUGACGCACUUGCUGACGUUGAGGCUCGAGGAAAACCGGCUCAUGGGCCCCAUUUCGGGUCUGAACCUACCCAGCUUACAGGACUUCAACGUUUCAGGAAACAGGUUGACGGGUGAGAUUCCGGGCUAUCUCUCGGGCUUUCCCCACUCGUCAUUUUCCAACAAUCCCAACUUAUGCGGGCCCCCACUGCAGAAAUGUAAUUUAGCUCUGGCCCGGCCCGGUGGAGCCAUGGCCUCCCCUGUUAGCCCGAAAACAACCAUUGCUUCAUCCCCAACAGCAAUGCCGGCCCAGACGAACCCGCCCGGAAAGGCCCGAAAUGCUCACGGGAGCAAAAUCAGCUGGUUCGCCAUAAUCGCCAUAAUAGUGGGAGAUGUUUUGGUUUUGGGGUUAAUUGCUUACAUUCUGUACUGCUAUUUCUGGAAAAGUAAUUCCAGUACAUUGAACUCGGGAAAAUGCUGUGUCUCCCAAACAGAAAAGAUUGUGUAUUCCUCGAGCCCGUACCCCAACCCAACCCAGCCCGGGUCUGAGAGGGGCAAAAUGGUGUUUUUCGAUGGGGACAAGAGGUUUGAGCUGGAGGACUUGUUGAGAGCUUCAGCAGAAAUGCUGGGUAAAGGUGGACUUGGGACGGCUUAUAAGGCAAUUUUAGAUGACGGCAGUGUUGUGGCUGUGAAGAGGUUGAAGGAUUUGAAUGUGAGUAACAAGAAAGAAUUUGAGCAGCAAAUGGAGUUUUUGGGGAGGCUUAGGCAUCAAAAUUUGGUGGGGUUGAAAGCUUAUUAUUUUGCGAGGGAUGAGAAACUGUUGGUCCAUGAGUACAUGCCUAAUGGUAACUUGUUUUGGCUACUUCAUGGCAACAGAGGCCCCGGGCGAACCCCACUCGACUGGACCACACGACUAAAAAUAGCAUCUGGCGCGGCCCACGGCCUAUCCUUCAUCCACUCCUCAUGCAAGCCCCUUCACGGCAACAUAAAGUCGGCAAAUGUCCUAAUCGACAAAAACGGCAACUCGAGAUUAUCAGACUACGGCCUCUCCAUCUUCUCCCCACUCUCCAAAUCCGACGGCUACUGUGCUCCCGAGGCCACGUUGGACAGCCGCAAACUGAGCCCACAGUCUGACGUGUACUCGUUCGGGGUCCUCCUGCUGGAAAUACUGACCGGGAAGUGUCCAAGCGUAAAUGACCAUAAUGCCCCUGGGGUGCUCGACUUGCCGAGGUGGGUCCAGUCUGUGGUGAGGGAGGAGUGGACUGCUGAGGUGUUUGACUUGGAGCUGAUGAGGUAUAGGGAAAUUGAGGAGGAGAUGGUGGGCCUGCUGCAGGUCGGGAUGGCGUGUGCGCAGGCCCGGCCCGAUUGCCGCCCGAAGAUGGACCGUGUUGUUAGGAUGAUUGACGAGCUGAGGGGGGUGCCGUCAGAUGAAAAUCCCAACGAG